AUGGGUGGUGGUGGGGGGGGUGUGGGGGUGAGAUUUGUUGGGGGUGGUGUGGGGGGGUUUGGGGGUGUGUGUUGUGGGGUUGGGGGUUGGUUGGUGGUGGGGGUGGGGGGGGGGGGGGAUGGGUUGUGGUUGGUGGUGGGGGGGGGGGGGGGGUGGUGGUGUGAAUGGGUGUUGGUGGGUGGGUUUGGGGUUGGGUUGUGGGUGUGUGGUGGGUGGGGUGAUUGGUGUGGGGGUUUUUUUGGGGUGGGAGGGUUUAUUGGUUGUGUGGGUGUGGGAUUGGGGGAAGGAUGUGGGGUUGGGUGGGGGUGGGUUUGUGGUUUGAGGGGGGGUUUUGGGUUUGGUGGGGGGUUGUAUGGGGUUUUGGGGGUGGUGGUGUGGGUUUUUGGGUUGUGGGGGGGGGGGGUGGGGGGGGGGUGUGGGGGGGGAGGGGGGGGUGGGUUGGUGGGUGUGUGGUGGUAUAUAGAGGUUGUUUUUGGGGUGUGGUUUGUGAGGGUGGUGGGUUGGGGGGGUUUGGGUGGGUUGGGUGUUGUAUGUUUGGUGGUGUUUGUUAGGGAGUUAUGGGUUUUGUGGUGUUGGGGGUGGGUGGUGGUGGUGUUGGUGUUGUUUGGGGGGUGGUUGGUGUGUGUUGGGUGGGUGGUUGGUGUGGGUGUGGUGGUGUGGUUGUGGGGGUUGUGUGGGGGUUUGUUUGUUUGUUGGUGUGUUGGUUUUUUGGGUGGUGGUUUUUUGGUUGGGGUUGGUUGGUUUUUUGGUUGGUGUGGUUUUGGGUUUUGUGUUGUGGUGGUUUUUUUUGUUGGUUUUGGGUGUGGGGGGUUGGUGGGUGUGUUGGGUGUGGGGUUGUUGAGUGUGGGGGUUGUUGGGGGGGGGGUGGUUGUGUGGGGGUGUUGUUUGUUGGGUUUUUGUUGUUGUGGUGGGGUGGUUGUGGUGUUGUUGGGUGUGUGUUGUUGUUGUGUUUUGGUUGUUUUGUGUUUUUGUUGUGUUUGUUGUGUGGUUUGGUGGGGGAGUGUUUUUAGUUUUGUGUUGGGGGUGUGUUGUGUGUUUUGGUGGGGGUUUGUUGUGUUGUGUUGGUGUUGGAUGUGUGUGGUUUGGUUUUGUGGGUGGGGGGGGUUGGUGGGUUUGUUUGUGUGGUUGGUGUGUUGGGGGUUUUGUUGGGUUUUUUGUGUGGGUGUGUUAUUUUGA